UUCUAAUAUAAGCUCGAAAUUUCCACACAAACCCCAGAAUCGUCUCCCUCUUAAAAACCCCCAUUCAUAUAUAGAUAGUUAGACACAUCUCAGCCAAUCCGUUUUGUUCUUUCCUUUAUUGCAUUUUUCUCUAUUUAUUUGUUGUUUAUAGCGAGAGGGCGCCUAACUCUUCGGAAGAGAAUUCUAGAAGCCACUUCAUUGUUCUCCUGCGCCGCGGUCCAUUCGAUCGUCGCGACAGCUUAGUACAUCGUACUAAUAAAGGGUUCAAUCUACCUUUGUUUGAAGCUGAGUUUUUGCUUGUGGCGAACUUAUACUACCAUCAAGGAUGAGCGUGGUUGGGUUUGAUUUUGGCAACGAGAGUGGUGUUGUUGCAGUUGCAAGACAAAGAGGGAUUGAUGUUGUUUUGAAUGAUGAAUCGAAGCGCGAAACCCCUGCUGUUGUGUGCUUUGGAGAUAAGCAGCGUUUCCUUGGGACAGCAGGGGCUGCGUCGAGUAUGAUGAAUCCCAAGAACACAAUUUCCCAAAUAAAACGGUUGAUUGGACGCCCAUUUUCUGAUCCUGAACUGCAACGUGAUCUUAAGGCUUUGCCCUUUACUGUAACUGAAGGUCCUGAUGGAUUUCCUCUCAUCCAUGCAAGGUAUUUGGGCGAAUUGAGGACAUUUACACCCACUCAAGUAUUGGGAAUGGUCUUUUCUGAUCUGAAAAGCAUAGCUCAGAAGAACUUGAAUGCGGCAGUUGUUGAUUGCUGUAUUGGGAUACCUGUCUAUUUUACUGACCUCCAGAGAAGAGCUGUGGUGGAUGCUGCUACUAUUGCUGGUUUGCAUCCACUUCGCCUUAUUCAUGAGACUACUGCUACUGCUUUGGCUUAUGGUAUUUACAAGACGGACUUACCUGAGAACGACCAGUUGAAUGUUGCUUUUGUUGACAUUGGGCAUGCAAGUAUGCAGGUGUGCAUUGCUGGCUUCAAAAAAGGCCAGUUAAAGAUAUUGGCCCACUCAUUUGACAGAUGUCUUGGUGGCCGGGACUUUGAUGAAGUCCUCUUCCAGCAUUUUGCUGCAAAAUUCAAGGAUGAGUACAAGAUUGAUGUCUUCCAGAAUGCUAGGGCUUGCCUUCGGCUUCGUGCUGCUUGUGAGAAGUUGAAAAAGAUGCUAAGUGCAAAUCCAGAGGCACCUUUGAAUAUUGAGUGCCUGAUGGACGAGAAGGAUGUCAGGGGUUUCAUCAAGAGAGAGGAGUUUGAACAAAUAAGUAUACCAAUUUUGGAACGUGUGAAGAAGCCAUUGGAGAUGGCUCUUGCAGAAGCUGGGCUAGGAGUUGAGAGCAUUCAUGCGGUCGAGGUAGUUGGUUCAGGCUCUCGAGUCCCUGCAAUGAUUAAGAUCUUGACAGAUUUCUUUGGAAAGGAGCCUAGGCGUACAAUGAAUGCGAGCGAGUGUGUUGCCAAAGGCGCAGCCCUGCAAUGUGCCAUACUUAGUCCAACAUUUAAAGUGCGAGAAUUCCAGGUGAACGAGAGCUUUCCUUUCGCAAUUGCCUUGUCUUGGAAAGGUUCUGCCCCAGACGCCCAGAACGGAGCUGCAGAUAAUCAGCAAAGCACCAUUGUUUUCCCCAAGGGGAAUCCAAUACCUAGUGUGAAGGCUUUGACGUUCUAUAGAUCUGGCACUUUCACAGUAGAUGUUCAUUAUGCUGAUGUUAGUGAGUUGCAGGCACCAGCAAAGAUUAGCACUUACACGAUUGGACCAUUCCAAGCAACAAAGGGAGAGCGAGCAAAAUUGAAGGUCAAAGUACGCUUGAAUUUGCAUGGAAUUGUUUCUGUUGAGUCAGCAACUCUUUUAGAAGAGGAGGAAGUGGAAGUUCCUGUUACUAAAGAGCCUGCAAAAGAAACAGCUAAGAUGGAAACAGAUGAGGUUCCAUCUGAUGGUGCUCCACCUAGUUCCACCGAAACUGAUGUAAAUAUGCAAGAUACUAAAGGUGCGGCUGAAGCUCCUGGAGCUGAAAAUGGCGUUCCAGACUCCGGGGAUAAACCUGUCCAAAUGGAGACAGAUUCAAAGGCUGAAGCUCCUAAGAAAAAGGUGAAGAAGACCAAUAUACCUGUCUCAGAACUGGUGUAUGGAGGACUGGCGGCUGCAGAUGUGCAGAAAGCCGUGGAAAAGGAGUUUGAAAUGGCUUUGCAAGAUCGUGUUAUGGAAGAAACAAAGGACAAGAAGAAUGCUGUUGAGUCCUAUGUUUAUGACAUGAGGAACAAGCUCAACGACAGAUAUCACGAGUUUGUCAUGGACCCGGAGAGAGGGCAGUUUGCUGCUAAACUUCAGGAGACAGAAGAUUGGUUGUAUGAAGAUGGGGAAGAUGAAACAAAAGGUGUUUAUAUAGCAAAGCUUGAGGAACUCAAGAAGCAAGGUGACCCAAUUGAGGAGCGUUACAAGGAAUUUAUGGAGAGAGGCUCUGUGAUUGAUCAAUUUAUUUAUUGCAUCGGUAGUUAUAGAGAAGCAGCAAUGUCAAAUGAUCCUAAGUUUGAUCACAUCGAUAUUUCAGAAAAGCAGAAGGUCUUAAAUGAAUGUGUGGAAGCAGAGGCUUGGUUGAGAGAGAAAAAGCAACAGCAGGAUGCGCUUCCCAAGUAUGCUAAUCCUGUUCUCCUGUCAGCUGAUAUCAGAAGGAAAGCUGAAGCACUAGACAGGUCUUGCAGGCCUAUAAUGACAAAACCAAAGCCAGCCAAGCCAGCUCCUGAAACUGCAACAACACCACCACCAUCCCAAGGAACUCAGGCGCAACCUCAAGGUGGUGAGAGUCCCAAUCCACACUCCGGCCAAAAUAGCCAUGCCAAUGAUGGUGCUGGAGCUGGUAAUGAAGUACCACCAGAAUCUACGGAGCCAAUGGAAACAGACAAAUCUGAUACAGCACCUGGGGCUGCAUAAUCUUGGGGACACUGGUCUUUAAAUAUUUUAUGCUGGCUAAAGCUUGGUCCCUUUUGUACCUUUUGACGUAUACACGCUGAGCUUUUUGACGGGUCUUUUGUGGUUACGAUCAAGUGUUUAAUUAGUUUUACCGGUGAGGUGAUUCGAAUUAUGUUGUGCCAUCCUUGAGACGGACGGUAUGACGCAACAUAUUAUCAUUAUUAGGGGGUGCCUCCAGUCUCUGUAAUCCCUUUAUUGGGCAGGGUUUGUAAGAGAAGCUCAAAAAAUUUUCGGUUUGUUUCACAAUUAUUUCGAUUUACAAAAGUGACUUGGGGAACCCUUUUUCUUGAGAAGUGCAUGUUGUUUUGUUGUUA